AUGGGGAUUUACAAACCAAAGACGUAUAUGGUGAUGAUUAGUAAUGUGGAGCCCUCAACUAUUCAUGAGGCAAUGACGAUUCCUUCUUGGAACCAAGCUGUUAAUGAUGAACUUCAAGCCUUAAUUCAGAAUCAUACGUGGGAUUUAGUUCCAGUACCAACAAAUCGAUCUUUAGUCGGAUGCAAAUGGUUGUUCAAGAUCAAGAAGAAUUCUGAUGGAUGUGUAGCACGCAAUAAGGUUCGCUUGGUUGCUCAAGGAUUCUUUCAAGCAGCUAGACUGGAUUAUCAUGCGACUUUCAGUCCAGUUGUCAAAGCCAAUACUGUGCACCAGAUUCUUACCUUAGUUGUGUCACGAAAGUGGAAGCUUCAACAGGUUGACGUGAACAAUGCAUUUUUAAAUGGAGACCUAGCUUAG